GCCGGGGAGAGUGUGGUUCUGUGGAAGAUGAGCUUUCUUCAAGAGUACCCAGACCUCAGGCCAUUUGUUCUCACCAACGUUCGACCCACUGGUAGACUGAUAGGCUCGGGAUCCUACGGCAGUGUUGAGGAGGUCGAGAUGCCCGGAGCAACUUGUGCUGCCAAGAAAAUCCACAAUUUCUUCCAAGACCCCAGCAGGGUACCACCUGAGGGGAUAGAGAAGACUCUGGGGGAGUUUGUGCGCGAGUGUGGGUUGAUGAGCACCCUCCGUCACCCCCACAUCGUCCAGUUCCUGGGAGUGUAUCUCCUACCUGGCUCCAGAGUCCCUGCACUAGUCAUGGAGAGAUUGGACACUAGUCUCCACGAUGUUCUGGACCCUGAACCUCCCCCAUUCACCAAAACCUUCAUCCCAGUCAGUUUGAAGUGCUCCAUCCUCCACGACAUAGUCAAUGGCCUAUGUUUCCUGCACAGUCACUCCCCACACAUCAUUCACCGCGAUCUGUCGGCAAAGAACAUUCUCCUGACAAGGGGCAUGGUGGCAAAGAUAUCAGACCUGGGCAUGGCUCGGAUCGUGCCCAGCCUGCGAGCUGCCACCAUGACCAAGGCACCAGGUGCCUCCAUCUACAUGCCUCCAGAGGCACUGGAGGAUGAGUCACGAUAUGAUGUCACCAUCGAUGUGUUCUCAUUUGGAGUUUUGGCCAUCUUUGCUCUCUCGCAAACCUUCCCCAGACCACUCGCUGCUGCCUAUAUGGACAGUAGAAGAGUGAUGGUAGGUCGUACUGAGCUUGAGCGCCGGGACAGCUACAUACAACAGAUCAGGAACGAAUUAAACGACGGUCACCCCCUAAUCAAGAUGAUCCAGAAAUGCCUCAGCAAUCUGCCUGAAGAGCGACCAAAAGCUAAUGGUCUUUUUCAGUUCCUUGAGCAGGGCAAGGCCAAGAUUAGUGACGACAAGUUUAGCGAGAGCAAACUGUCACUGAUACAAUCUCUGAGACAGACAACAGAGCUGCUAAGAAAGAGCGAUAAACUCUUGCAGCAGAAAACUUCAGAGGUGCAAUCUCUCAACCAGCAAAUCUCGAGCAUGGGAGCGCUGAUAGAGUCACAGAGAACACAGAUUGAGCAGUUGCAAAGAAAAUUGCAGAAGAUACCAGAUGUCAGAAUUGCUCGCUCUGACAGCAUACCUACUGCGGGAUCCAGCAACACUGAAAUGAGGUGGCCCCUCCCACUACAGUGGAGGAAGGGGAAGGACAUCCCCACUGGGUUGUGCACAGCCUGUGCCGUGAUCAUCGACGGCGUGGUCUACUGUGGAGGAAAUUCAAUCAACUCGUCCGAUGUAGCCAUGUACAGCCCGGACACCGGGACGUGGAACUUGCUUCCUCCCUCACCCGUGUUCGACUUUUUCCUGACGUCGCUCGGCGACCAACUGGUGUUGGUUGGAGGUAGUAAUGCUAGUGACGAAGACGUGAAUGCAAUAACAGUGUGGGACGGCGAGUGUGGUAGGUGGACCAACCCCUACCCACCCAUGCCGACAGCCCGGAGCCAGGCAGCUGCGGUGGGCUACAAGAAGUAUCUAGUGGUGGCAUGUGGAUUCCCAGGUGUAGCGAAUGUGGAGGUAUUGGACAGCUCCACCGCGAGAUGGUACACCGCACAACCGUUGCCCGUGGCUGGUUGCAAAAUGUCUGCGGCACUAGUGGGGGACUCCUGGUAUCUGUCCUCGUUUGGGAAGUGGGACGAUGGGAGGGAACACCUUUUCCAAGCCCACCUCCCCACACUCAUAUCCAACCUCUUUUCCCACUCUCGUGACCCUGUCUGGCUCCAGCUACCCACACCACCAGUACAGCACCCAGUUCUAAUGGCCCUCCGGGGACACCUGCUACUAGUGGGUGGAGUCCACAUGUGCCUCAGCAUUCAACUAAUCCAUCGCUACGACACGACCGAGAGGAGGUGGAGGGACUGUGGGCAGUUGCCCCUGCCGUUAAGCGGUGUUUGUGCGACUGAGUUGCCAUCCGGUGAGCUGAUGGUGGCAGGGGGACUGAGUGGCGAGACUAAACUGUCAAACACCAUAAUGAUCGGCAUCAUACAGACUCGCUUUCAGACCAGGAACUAGCUCUGUGCGCAUUAAACGUCAAA